AUGACUCGGGGAUAUCUGAACGGGGUCCUCGCAUCGCCCGAUUUCAUCAAGCGAUAUGGAGUGACGGUGGACGGUUCCACCUAUUUGACCGCGAGAACUCGCAGCUUGUUCACUUCGUUCCAGGUCGUGGGGACGUUGAUAGGGUGUCUCAUUUGCGAUCCCAUCAUAAAUUGGGGCAAUCGGGGCAGCAUGGGAGCUGGCUCCGCUGUUUAUGCGCUAGGAGUCGCCUUGCAGGCCGCAGGCCUCCCCGCACCGGUCUUCAUUGUCGGCCGCGUCUGCAUGGGCAUGGCGCUGGCACUCGCCUCGAGUAUUAUCCCACAGUAUCUGGUUGAGGUCUCCUCCGGCACGAACCGAGGACGGAUGUUUGCCUUCUACCUCAUAUUUUUGACCUCGGGCAACGUCUUGGCCUGCGGGAUUAGUAUGGGGACCUCGCACUUUACCGACUCCCGAGGAUGGCGGAUCACCAUCUGUAUGCAGCUGCUCAUAGCCGCCUGCAUCGGGCUGGGCGCGCUCAUCUGCCCAGAAGCGCCCACCCUCCUCCUCCGCCGUAACGACCUUGUUGGGGCGCGGCGUGCGCUCGCAAUCUUACAGGCGCGGUCGGCCGACUCGCCCGAGAUCGGUGACGCAGUGACUACGAUGCAGGCGACGCUGGCGACGACGAGCGGGCAAGUGGAUGAGCUGUCUACGCUGCAGCGGUUCCGCGAGUGUUUCCGGGGCACAGAUCGGCGGCGGACGCUGCUGGGGAUUGGCACGGCGGGGCUGACGAUCCUCACGGGGACGAAUUUCUGGUUCAACUACGGAACCACCUUCUUCGAGGUGGCCGGGGUGACCAACUCGUACUUGAUCUCGCUGGUGCUGGCACUGAUCAACUUUGUCUGCUCCGCGCCGGCGACCUACCUCAUGGAGCGGGCCGGCCGCCGCUUGUGUCUGAUGGUGGGCGCCGCCGGGAUCGCCCUCACCCAGCUGCUCAGCGGCAUCAUCCAUGACGUUGCCCCGAACACUGUGCAUGAUAAGCAUAUGCUGGUCGCUGGCUCGAUUCUCUUCAUCGCCAUCUUCGCGCCAACGUGGGGUGUGGGAGGAUGGGUCGUCAUGACCGAAGCCUUCUCAGUCCGCCUCCGCCUGGAGCAGACCGCGAUCACGAUGAUCGUUUACUGGGUCGCCACCUGGUUCAUCGGCUUCAUUGUCCCCUACCUGGUCGACGCCACCGAGGCCAACCUUGGCGCCAACGUCUGCUACCUCUGGGCCGCCACCUGCACCGCGUGUUUUCUGUGGACCUACUUCUUUGUGCCGGAGCUGGCGGGGCUCUCGGUGUCUGAUAUGGAUGCACUCUUCCACGAGAAGGUCCCGGCUUGGAAGUCGAUGCAGUGGGCUCGACGGCGGCGGCUCCAGGUUCUCGACGGCGCAACGCCGGCUGCAGAGGGGGAGGAACAAACCUCCUCCGGGCUGGAUGAGGAAGGCCUUUCUGAAAAGACGGGCCGGGUGGAAGUGAAGGUGUUGGGUUGAGUUCUGAUCUCAAUGGGGGCGGCGAUUGGGAUGCCGCGAUUAGGGCAUGAUCGGAUAUGGUUGCGG